AAACAAAAACAAAACACGACAGCUUUAGCCCAAAAGACUCCUGAAAAAACAAGCGCACAUUGCAUCCAGAAACACCGCAGCCCGCGAACGUUUGGUCCAGCAAACAGACUGAACAUCCGGGAAACGCAACCUGAUCUGCAAAAGACGUGGAAUGUCUCGUUUCUUUUCUUCCGCCCUUCAAACCCGGUAAUGAUGGAGGAGUAAAAAGCGACAUGAUUGGUGGAUGCAGCCAGUGGAGGAGAAAUGUAAACCCCUUCGUUUUGUUGCAUCGGGGGGGUUGAAAGCCGAACGCUCCCCUCUUGUUUUUCCCUUUCCUUCAAUGACAGCAGGAGCCAGCCGGGCCGUGCGGUGGGAAGCCUCCCCCAGUACGAGAAGGAUUUCCCUGCAAGUCUGCGAUGCAGUGACGGGAUAGAAGAUGAAAAUACACAAGAAGGACAAGCAGCAGAUGUUCACUGGCCUCCUGAAGCACACGCCACCUCCGGCCUCCGCUGCAGCAGCCUCCUCCUCUGCCUCGGACCAAAACAGCAACGCACAAACCACACUUCCCACAAUCCCACGGGGACACCUGGUCGUGGGCCCCAAGGACCAGCUCCGCCUCCUCACCCCUGUGGGCAGCACGGCGACAUCCAAUCACUGCGCGGUGGCCGGGGCCCAUGCCGCUAAGCACUCCGGAGGGGCCCCGCGACCUCCUUCCUCACUGAGCGAGGAGGAUGACGGAGGAGGAGGAGGAGAAGGAGGAGGCAGGGUGAAGAAGAAACGAAAGAAAAAGGACAAGAGGGAACGGGAGAAAGGAGGAGGGGAGGCAGGGGAACGAGAAAGCAGCAAACCAAAGAAACGAAAGGAGGAGAAACAGGCGACGACGGCGGUCACGCUGAGGAAGAGCAAGGAGCCCAAGGAAAGCAAGGAGCGAAAGGAGUACCGGACCAAGGGGAAGGAGGGCAGGAAGGGCAGCGGGGCCGAGCUGAAGAAUGUGGCAGGGGGGAAAGUGGCCCCCGGACCAGCUCAGGUGCCUGUUAAGGUGCCCGGCAAAAGAGGAAGGAAACCGAAAGUCAAAGUCCUACCUCUUGAACCCGCGAAUGAAGCACCCACCCCAGGCCUCCACUCUAAGCUCCCUGCACAGGGCGUCGGCAAGAACCACGGCCAGUCCAACAGCAAGGCUCCCGUCCCCUCGGCGCCAAAACAGAGGGGCCGCAAACCCAGAGAUCCUGGUGCAGCGCCUGUGGAGAAGAAGAAGAAGGGAAAGAGGAGAAACCAGGUUCUGGCUGUCCCGGAGGGGGCCGAGAGUGACGACACUACCUCAAUGUCAGCCCUCAACAUGGGUGGAGAGGACAGCCAGGACCCCCUGGACAACGCGAAGCGGCGCUCGGGACGUCAGGUCAAGAGGAGGAAGUACAACGAAGAUUUGGACUUUAAGGUGGUGGACGACGACGGGGAGACGAUCGCAGUUCUCGGAGCCGGUCGCAUCUCGGCGCUGAACGCCACAGCGCUGGCGUGGCAGGCUGAGGAACCUCCCGAGGACGAGGCCAACAUCAUUGAGAAAAUCCUGUCUGUCAGAAUAGUGAAGAAGGAGACUUCAUCAUCAGAGGACCAAGCGGAGGAGACAGAGGAGUUUUAUGUCAAGUACAGAAAUUUUUCUUACCUUCACUGCAAGUGGGCCACCCUGGAAGAGCUGGAGAAAGAUCCCAGAAUCCACCAGAAGAUUAAACGCUUCAGGACCAAACAGGCCCAGAUGAAACAUCUGUUCACCGAGCCCGAUGAGGACUUAUUUAACCCAGACUAUGUCGAGGUGGACAGAGUGCUGGAGGUGGCUGUUACCACAGAUACUGAGACUGGAGAGGAGGUGACCCAUUACCUUGUUAAGUGGUGCAGCCUCUCAUACGAGGAGGCGACGUGGGAGCUGCAGGAGGACUUGGACCCUGAGAAGAUCAAAGAGUUUGAGGAGAUCCAGAAGCUGCCGGCAGACCUCAGACACGUGGAGCGUCCUACUCCAGAGAAAUGGCAGAAGUUGGAGCGCUCCAGAGAUUACCGGAACGGAAACCAGCUCAGAGAAUACCAGUUGGAGGGAAUGAACUGGUUGCUGUUUAACUGGUACAACAGAAAAAACUGCAUACUGGCAGACGAGAUGGGGUUGGGAAAGACAAUCCAGUCCAUCACUUUUCUGUACGAGAUCUUCAACAUGGGGAUCCGAGGCCCCUUCCUCAUCAUCGCCCCCCUGUCCACCAUCACCAACUGGGAGAGGGAGUUUCGCACGUGGACGCAUAUGAACGUCAUCGUGUAUCACGGCUCGCAGAUCAGCCGGCAGAUGAUCCUCCAGUACGAGAUGUUUUACAGAGACCCACAGGGUAACACUAUCCCAGGUGUGCUGAAGUUUCACGGGGUGAUCACCACCUUCGAGAUGAUCAUGGCCGACUGUCCGGAGCUGAAGAAGCUCCACUGGCGCUGCGUGGUGAUCGACGAAGCCCACCGACUGAAAAACAGGAACUGCAAACUGCUGGAGGGGCUCAAACUCAUGAACCUGGAACACAAGGUUCUGCUGACGGGAACCCCUCUGCAGAACUCGGUGGAGGAGCUGUUCAGCCUUUUGAAUUUCCUGGAGCCGCUGCAGUUUCCUUCAGAGAGCACCUUUCUGGAAGAAUUUGGAGACCUGAAAACAGAUGAACAGGUGAAGAAGCUUCAGGCUAUUUUAAAGCCCAUGAUGUUGAGGAGGUUGAAGGACGAUGUGGAAAAAAACCUGGCGCCUAAAGAAGAGACCAUCAUCGAGGUGGAGCUGACCAACAUUCAGAAGAAAUACUACCGAGCCAUCUUAGAGAAGAACUUCUCCUUCCUGUCCAAAGGAGCCAACCAACACAACAUGCCCAACCUCAUUAACACCAUGAUGGAGCUCCGCAAGUGCUGCAACCACCCCUACCUAAUCACAGGUGCGGAGGAGAAGAUUCUGGAAAGCUUCAGGAAGAGCCACAGUCCGGAUGCACUGGACUUCCAGCUGCAGGCCAUGAUCCAGGCAGCCGGUAAACUGGUGCUGAUCGACAAGCUGCUGCCCAAACUGCUGGCCGGGGGACACAAGGUCCUGGUCUUCUCCCAGAUGGUCCGCUGUCUGGACAUCCUGGAGGACUACCUCAUACAGAGACGCUACACGUAUGAACGCAUCGAUGGCCGUGUGCGAGGAAACCUGCGGCAGGCGGCCAUCGACAGGUUCUGCAAGCCGGACUCGGACCGCUUCGUUUUCCUGCUGUGCACCAGAGCCGGAGGGCUGGGAAUCAACCUGACGGCUGCAGACACCUGCAUCAUCUUCGACUCGGACUGGAACCCCCAGAACGACCUGCAGGCCCAGGCACGCUGCCACCGGAUUGGCCAGAGCAAAGCGGUAAAAGUCUACAGGCUGAUCACCAGGAACUCAUACGAAAGGGAAAUGUUUGACAAGGCCAGUCUGAAGCUGGGGUUGGACAAAGCCGUCCUCCAAGACAUUAACCGCAAAGGAAGCCUCAACGGGGUGCAGCAGCUUUCUAAGCUUGAAGUGGAGGAUCUGUUGAAAAAAGGAGCAUACGGAGCCCUGAUGGACGAAGAAGACGAGGGCUCCAAGUUCUGCGAGGAGGACAUCGAUCAAAUACUUCAGAGACGCACUCAGACCAUCACCAUCCAGUCCGAAGGGAAAGGGUCCACGUUCGCUAAGGCCAGUUUCAUCUCGUCUGGUAACAGAACGGAUAUUUCUCUGGACGACCCCAACUUUUGGCAGAAAUGGGCCAAGAUCGCUGAGGUGGAGAUCGACUCCAAAUCUGAGAAGGAGUCCUUGGUGAUCGACACGCCUCGGGUCAGGAAGCAGACCCGGCACUACAACUCCUUCGAGGAUGACGAGCUGAUGGAGUUCUCGGAGCUGGACAGCGACUCUGAGGAGCGGCCAUGUCGGACUCGCCGCCUGGGCGAGCGCAGCCGGCGGUACCUCCGAGCCGAGUGCUUCCGGGUUGAAAAGAACCUGCUUAUCUUCGGGUGGGGUCGGUGGAAGGACAUCUUGAACCACGGUCGGUUUAAAUGGCACCUGGCCGAAAGAGACAUGGAGGUGAUCUGUCGGGCUCUGCUGGUGUACUGCCUGAGACACUACAAAGGUGACGAUAAGAUCAAGAGCUUCAUCUGGGAUCUGAUCUCACCCACCAAGGAAGGCCAGGACCAGGCUCUGCUCAAUCACUCUGGUCUGUCGGCUCCAGUUCCUCGGGGUCGGAAGGGGAAGAAGCUGAAGAACCAGCUGAACGUUCCUGAGGUGAAGAACGCCGACUGGCUGGUCCACUGUAACCCUGAGGUGGUGCUGCAGGAUGAGAGCUACAAGAAACACCUCAAGCAACACUGCAACAAGGUGCUGCUCAGGGUCAGGAUGUUGUACUACCUAAAGGUGGAGGUUUUGGGUGAGGCUGCCAAUCAGGCUCUCGAGGGGAUACCUUCCAGUAAACUCGAGGUGUCGCUACCCGACAUCGACUACAUCGAGAUUCCAGCCACGUGGUGGGAUGCAGAAGCUGACAAGUCUCUCCUCAUAGGAGUCCACAAACACGGCUACGAGCGAUACAACGCCAUGCGUGCAGAUCCAGACCUGUGUUUCCUGGAGAGAGUGGGAAUGCCAGACGUCACGGCGCUGUCUGCCGAACAGGGAGGAGGGGAGGGAGUCCCCGACCUGGCAGACAGUGUGUGCAAACCCGAGGAGGCGAAGGACGACACGGAAAGCAAAGCUGACGGAGGGGAAGACCGAGACGAGAGCAGCAAGGGAGAGGAGACCUGCUCCAGCACGGAUACCUCAGACAAGCCUGACAGCACAUGUCCAGACUCCCAGAUGUCAGGGGACUUGUGCGCUCAAGAUGGAACGUUGGUCACGACCACGACGACAGGAACGGGGACCGGGGUGGCGGCUCUCCACGUCGUACAAGCCCGGCCCCUCUGGCCCACCGGCCCCGCCCUGACGGCCCGUUUACGCCGCCUGAUCACCGCCUACCAGCGCUUCACGCUGCGCCGUGAGCCGCUGCUCAGGCACGACUUCCUGCUGCACGACGGCCUCGUCGGCGUGGGGAUCGGGGGAGCCGGAGCAGCUCACGGCCAUCAGGCUGGUGGGCCGUUGUCGUGGCAACUGGGUGAAGAGCUGAGGCGGUGUUCUGUGGUCGCCACGGAGCCCGACCCCCUGUUCCUGGAGUGGCAGAGAAGGUGGACUCGUCGAGAACAGGCGGAUUUCUACCGCACCGUGUCGUCGUUCGGUGUGGUGUACGACACCGAGAGGAAGGCCUUCGACUGGUCCCAGUUCAGAGUACUGGCCCGGCUGGAGAGGAAGACGGACGAGAGUUUGGAGAGAUACUUCAACUCCUUCGUCAACAUGUGUAGGACAGCCUGCAAACUGCCUCCAAGGAAGGAAGAAGGACCUGUGGAUCCAGGUGUGUUUGUCGAGCCUCUGACUGAAGAGAGGGCCGCUCGGACUUUAUACCGCAUCGAGCUGCUCCGCAAGAUCAGGGAGCAGGUUCUCCGUCACCCGUUAAUCUCGGCCCGCCUCCAGCUGUGCCGCCCCUCCCUGUACCUCCCGGUCUGGUGGGAGUCUGGCAAACACGACCGUGACCUCCUCAUCGGGGCGGCGCGACACGGCCUGAGCCGCACCGACUUCUACAUCCUGAACGACCCCCAGCUGAGCUUCCUGGAGGCUCACAGGAACUACGUCAGGGGACACCCCUCUCAUCUUCAUCCUCAAAGUCAUCAUCACCCUCACCAUCCCGGUUUGGCGACUCAUCCUGGCAUCUCAUCCUCCUCCUCCUCCUCCUCCUCGUCUCAUCCACAGCUGCCUCAUCCUCACUGCUGUCUGUAUGACUCAGGACUCAGCCAUCACUCCUCACAGCCUCCUGAAUAUCCCCACCAGUCCUCUCACCACCACCUCCAUCACCACCAGCACGCCCCCGCGCCUCCAUCGGCUCCGUCUCCUUCCUCCUCCUCUCACCCGCACCUCCACCCUCCACCACUGGAUGCCCACAGCUCUGCCUCACCGAGUCUGGGAAUAGUUUCUGGGUCACGGGGAGAUUUCCUCGACUGUCCUCCUCUGGAUGAGACCCUGGAGCUGGGUUCUCUGCACCACGACGCCAUGUCUGCAGAUGCUUUACACGGAGGGAAGGCCUCCAAAGACGCCCUCAACGGUUUCCCGUUCAAUUCGGCUGCAGGGGGUCAAAGCAUGCUCAACUCGUACGGCGUGGGGGGAACCGAUCUGGAUUCAAAACUGAGGAGCGAUGUGCUCGUCGGUGAGCAGGGCUCUUCGGAGGAAACCGGGCUGAUGGCGCCAUCAGUGGAGCUGGAUCAGUUACAGGCUCCCUGGGACGGCACAGACCACUCCAGCCCGGCUCACCACAUGUUCAAUGAAUCCGAUCCGAUCCUGGGUCCUUCCACUCUGGAGGCGGGCUUCCUGGAGGAGGAGGACGAGGAGGCGCAGGCGGGGGACAGAGGAGGCGAGGAAGGUGGAACCCUGGAGGAGUGUUUGGGCCUCCCACCCUCAUCCUCUCCUUCCCACCCGUCUGCAGGAGACCCUGUGGAGCCGCUGUCGUCCAGUUACAUGCUCUUCAAGGACAUUGGUGUGAGCGAGGAAACCAGCGCAGACCAAACUGACCUGUCGGCGAGCCCCCCUCCUCCCUACGUCCCCCCUCCUCCGCUCUCUCUGUCUGACAUCACUGCCCACGAGCCGCAGGACAGGCUGGGCCACUCUGACGUCGCCGACAGCCUGACCAAUCCUGUGGAGGACGCAGAGAUCCAGGAAGGAGGCGUCGAGUUUGAGUUUGAUGACAAAGAGGAAGAUGAAGUGUCGGCUAUCGAGCAGAACAAGCGAAGAGAUCAAAGUCUGGACAGACAGGACUGUGAUGCUGACCAGGGCCAAAGUUUGGAAGUCUUGAAUCCAUCCAUGGAAGUACCACAGAUGGAUGGGAUAGAGCCAGAGCCAGAACAGGACGAGAGGAUGGAGGUCUCGGCCCAAAUGUCUCAAGACCUGCAGGAGACCUUCGACCAAUCAGAGUGCAAAGAGGAGUUACCGCAAGACGUACACCCUUUUCUGGAACCGGAGGGAAGUCUGGCAUGUCCCGAGUCCAUCGAAGAGCCCGAGGAGGGAGUGGACGGUCUGAUUUUGUAUCAAGCUGUGGAGGAAGAGCCGAUGGAAAACUCUCUUGACACCGAAACAUUGAUGGGGAACACGGCUGGAGAGUUUGUGCGAGCCAGCGGAGAGGACGGUCCAGUGGACCUUGCGGAUCAAGUGGAUGAGAUCUCAGAAGGGCAGAUGGAUCACGUGUCUCUCAUGGAUGUUCAACCCUGUGACGAAACCACAGGAAAAGCUGGAAAACAACUGGACACCAAACCCAAUGAGAUGGAGAUGGAGAGCAUUUACUCUGAAUACACACUCGUCCCGUGCCCUGCUACUUCUGUCUCAUCCCCUACACUCGCGUCAAAGUCUGAUGAAAGCUCCGCAAAGAACCAUGACGGAGCUGCAGUCGAAACUGAAGUGUCCAUGGAUCAGGAAAACUCUGAAGGUACAGAAGAUCUGACUUCAUCAGGUGGCAGCAGAGACCGUAAGAACAGAACCUUGACAUUCUCCCUUGAUCAGGACAACAAAGACAAUCUGCUUGAACAAAGUGAAUUUGAAAUGGCUCAUACUCUACCUGCUAACAGCACUGACAGGAAGCCGUCUGACCUUAAAUCUUCUCUUUUAGCAGACAAUGGUGGGGAGAAGAAACCACAGCCACCGGAGCUGCCAAUCAAAGCAGAGGAGAACAAGAUGGAGACUGCUGUGGACGUCUAUCCUGACAGCUCUGAAGUCAAACAAGGAAAAUUCUUUUCCUGCACCGUCAAGUCUGAAGAAUUGGUGACCAAAGCCGAGCAGUUUGACUAUCCUGUCAAAUCAGAAACACUUGAGACCAAACCUGAACAUCUCAGCCUCCCUGUAAAGCCUGAGAGUUUAGACAGUAAACCUGAAGUCCUCCAGCUUGCGGCCUACUCAGAUGGUGCCGAAGUCAAAGGUGAAGCGAAACCCGAAGCUCUCGGGCUGGCCGCUUAUCCAGAUGGAGCCAAGCUUAAGACUGAGACAAAGCCAGAGGGCCUGAAGUUCACCGCCUACCCAGACAGCUCUGACAUUAAACCUGAGGCCAAGCCAGAGGGCCUCGAGUUCAGGACGUUACCCGACAUCAAAGCUGAGACGAAGCAAGAGCUGCUGGAGGCGGACAGCACAGUCCUGACCCCGAAGCUGGAGCAGGUGGACGGGCUGGUGGACACCUCAGGAAAUCUGGUGGUGAAAGGCCAAGUGAAGGAGGAGAGGCCAGCUACACCCGUGCCUGUGGUGGAAGGUUUCGUGGGCAGCCCCAGGUUUGCAGCUCCCAUCUCGGUGUGUGAGAUCCCCGACAGCCUCCACGACACCAGGGAGCCGACCAUCGCUCAGCUGCUGCAGGAGAAAGCACUUUACUCCUUCUCCGACUGGCCGAAGGACCGAGUCAUCAUCAACCGCCUGGACAGCAUCUGCCACGCCAUCCUGAAGGGGAAGUGGCCUUCAUCGAGUGAGCAGUACGACUCGCCCGCCUCUCUGGCUGCCAACUCCUGCCUGGCCAACAGUUUAGCCCAACACCAGCACCACCGAGCAGGCUUCCUCCCCACCACGGCCUCGAGCUCCGUCCCGGGCCAGCCCAGGGUCCAGCAGGCCAACCCUGGGCUGGGCUUCUCCAUCCCUCCUCCUCUCACAAGACUCCCCAAGUACAUGCAGCGGGGCGGGGCAUGCGGGCGCGGAGCUUGGCGCCUCACCUCCUUGCCUCUCUUACAGGAGAGGCUCGUGGCUCCUCCCUACCUCCCCGAGCUAAAACGAGCGGGAGGUCGGAGGUCUUUCGACUACGAGGCUGCUGCCGCUGCAGCGGCUGCCGCCAAGGCUUUAGCCAGCAAAUCGGCACCGUCGUGCCAUACUGCUGCCACCACAAGCUCAAGUGGUGCUGCUCCGGUGGUGGCCCCGCCCUCUCACCGUACAGGAGCCAUGUUGAUAAAUGGCUGGCAAGAAUCGGCCAUUGAUCUAACCAAGACGUCCGCUGAAAUAAGCACCACCAGUGGCAUUGGGACAGGAGAAGCUGUGGUCGCACCUGGAAUGGGCCACCAUGGUGCCGGUGCUGGCAGCAGUCACAAGCUGCCGCCACCACCACCACCGCCACCCAUCACAGCACCACUAACGGGCUCUGUGGGUAUCGACAUGGCCGGGAUACUGCAGGCCGGCCUCAUCCAUCCUGUAACGGGGCAAAUAGUUAACGGAAGCCUGAGGGGAGAUGACUCACUGAGGAGGAGGAGAGGCAGGAGGAGAAACGUGGAGGCUCUGUACUCUGAGUUCACCAAGAGCAGAGGACUGCACCUCCCAGAGACACAGGGCCGGGUGGAGGUUAUCAGCCACUCCUCGGUCUCGUCCUCCACCUCCUCGCCGUCCCCCUCUCCUUCAGAGCGACCCGCUGGCCCUCCCACACCAUCCUCCUCUUCUACGCCCACCCCCACCCAGACCCCUCCUCAGCCAGAGAUCGUCGCCAUCGACCGAGAGGCAGCCAGUAAAGGUCUGAUCGAGUGGCUGCGACAGAAUCCGGGCUACAGCAUGGAUCUCCCCGCGUUCGCUCACUCUGGAGCGGGUCUGUUACAUGGUUUUGUGGAGCGUCCCAAGCAGAGGAGGCAUCGCUGUAAAGACCCCACCAAGCUGGAUAUUAACUCUUUGACAGGGGAGGAGAGGGUGCCUGUUGUGCACCGAGGCACCGGACGCAGGCUUGGUGGCGCUAUGGCUCCAGCCAUAAAGGAGCUCUCCAGGUGGUUGGAUGCCAACUCAGAGUACUAUGUAGCUCCAGACUGGGCUGACGUGGUCAAACACUCUGGUUUCCUCCCUGAGGGGAAGUUCUCUCGGAUCCUGACGGAACCAGUCAACAGAGACCCGGGCUCUCGGCGCCGUGGACGGCGGCCUCGCAGCGAGAUGCCCAAGCCCCUCCUGUCCGUCUCCGAUUCCGCCUCUUCUGGCCUCGGCCCACCGCUCUUCAUGAAUGGCGGGUUGAUCGGCAGCAUGGACUCCAUGGUGGCCAUGCAGAACCUCCGUGGCGGUAUUCCUGGAAUUCCCAUCUCGGGGAUCAUGGCGGCGGGAUUCCCACAUGGUUUCCCCGCAGCCGUCCAGGCAGGAGGAGCUGGAGCUUCGGCAGACGAUGCCAAGAACGGCUUGAAUAUGUUACCCAUGAUGCUGCACGGCAUCCCGCACCCCCAUGGGGCUGCGAUCCCUCAGCAUGCCUUGUUUAGCGUUGGUGCAAUGAUGGCGCACGCGCCACCGCCACCCUCUCCUCACCCCUCCUCCUCCUCCUCUUCUUCACUGUCUGCUGCAAAGGUCACCACAACAACGGCGCCGUCUACGUCUGAGGCAGCCAGUCCCUCGUCGACGACGCCUGCGGAGCGAGAGGGCGCCGCCUCUUCUGGCUCUGGUGGAAGUGAAAAGGAGAGGAGCCGGGAGGAGAAAGCGGCAGCAGAAGCCAGCAAAAGAGCGGGAGGGGCGGAGGCGGCAGCGGCAGCCAUCAUUACCUCCAGCAGCAGGGCACACCUUGGCUCUGCACACCUCGGAGCUGGCGCCGGCAGCCAUCUUACCUUCAACCCCUUCCUGAUCCCGGGCAUGUCCCACGGCCUGCUGUACCCGCACAUGUUCUUGCCACACGGUGGCAUCAUGGCGCUGCCCGCCAUGCCUCCCGGCGCUGUAGACGGCUCCCCGGGCAGCCCCAAGAGGAGGAGGAAGAGAGGGAGGGAGGAAGGGGAAAGAGAGGAGGAGAGGGAGAAGGGUGCGACGGGAAAGGAAGAGGAGAGAGAAAGUACAGUUAAAGCUAGCGUUGCCUCCCACCCGGCCUCCUCCUCGUCUCCCUCCGUUCCCUCUACCUCGGCUGCAGACCCAGGCCCGUCUCCACCCGAAGAGCCCCAGACUGAGCAGGGAGACGCAGAGGAUGGGCCUGCAGAGCCCCAGGAACCAGACUCCCAUAACGAGCUCGACGGAGCAGCAACAGAGGAGACAGAGGAAACAUUGGAGGAUACAGGAGGAGAGGCAGCGGAGGAGGGGGAGGAGGAGGAGAAACAGGACACUGAGGAGCAGAGACGGGCAGAAGGAGAGGAAGCGUAGAGGAGGACAGAGAGACACCCACUUCCUGCUCCUCUCUCCUCCGUCACUCUCUUUCUCGACUGAGUGUAAAGUUUGUGCCGUGUCUGUCAGUCAAUGUUCAUGUAAAGACUUUUAUUAUGAUGAUGACUAAUAAUAACGAUGAUGAUUAUAUUCACCUGGGUUAUGUUUAUAUACCAAGACCCCACCCGUCCUCGCCACACCCUCCUUGUAUACGAAAAACUAGUGUAAGAAACGAUCUUCUGUGUAUUCUUCCCUUUCAUUCUGCAUCAAGACUGAGUCGAGAGGGACAUCAAGAGGAACACACACACACACACACACACACACACACACACACACACUGCAGGCGAUAUGUGCUAACCAAGGAGCAGCUUUGGCAGUAAUAUUGUUCCGUUAAAAGACAAAGUGUUGCAAAGUCGUGGACGUGCAGCUUUGGUGUGGUGUGUUUGCACGAGGAUGAUGACAGAGUUGAGGCUCAGCUGUCAGACGUGGUUGCCUAGAAGCCGUUCGAAUUUCUUGCCACAGUUUGGGAAUUCAGAGGAGCACUUGAGUGUCUUAUGUUCAAGGCCCAAAAACCGAGCCGGUACUCUCUUUGUUUUUUGUUUUUUUUGAUUUUCACUUGACUGAGUGAUAUUUUUUGGGGAUUUUCUCUGUGCAAUGUUCAGAAACCUGCAGGCUAGACUGACCAGUCCGAACCCGCAUUCCCCCAUAACACGAGACACUAAAACACUUUGUUCCCCGGUCGCUACUGAGGGAACACACUGAUGAAACAUUAGCUUGACAUGCAAAAGCUGCUCUAGCAGGAAAACAGACAGCAGCCCAAACACGUUUCAGAGUGUAGGCCUUUUGGAAAACUGAGGCACCUUGAGGUGACAUUUAGUGCAUUUGAAAAAGCUGCCAAAUCUAAAAUUGAGAAAAUAGCGACUAAUAUUGACCAGAAGCUGGGAUUAUUGUAGCUUGACUACAAGAUAACUUCUUAUUAUUGUGGAAUUGGAUGUUAUUGCUGCUAUAACUUCUUUUUAAAAGAAGUUCUGAGAGUUAAAAGUUCAUUCUCUCUACAAUCAAUCUGGAUUCUAAGAACAGCUCCACCUUCUCGCUUGCUUUCAUUGAUAAAAAGCAGAGAACAAUCAUUUCUUCUAUUACUGUUAAGAUCAUGUCAGUUUCUUUAUUUUAAAACAAGCAGUCACUUUGAGAGAUUUUCCAUCAGGUUUCAGAAGAAAUGAGAGCCUUCCAAUGUGAGGAGCUCAGUCAGGCCACCAGGGGGCGAUGUGAGGCAGAUUUGAUUGUAUCCUGUCCUGGAAACACAGGGGUGGAGGGAUAGCGGGAGAAAAGAGGAGAUGAAGAGGAGGAUGUGGGGGGUGGGGUUUUCCUGCUUUUAUCAGAGUCCCAAAUGGAAUUAAGUUGCAGCAACUCAAAUCAAACUCAUCAAGCUCAUCACAGAUGACCGCUUCAAAGUGUUUGUGAUUAUGACCUGUAGCAUCUUUGUUUUGGCCAAAAUGUCGUCAGUGUUCAGAGAGAUUAUGUGUAUGUUGUCAACCAUCUGUCCAGUGAAAGGGAAUUAUUAUUUUUUGUUUAAGAAAGAAGAACAGAUAAGAGAGGACGAGGAGGCAUACGAAGCGCUCGGGUUGCUGGCUGGUUUCUAAAUAUGUAAAUCUGUCUAAGCUGUAUAUUGCUUUUUUUUUUAAUUUCUUUCACCUUUUGUGUUCCUCCAUCGGGAAAAGAAAAUACUUGACAAAUGCCAGGUGGAUUUUUGCAUUGAGGUUAGUCCCAGUGUUUUCUCUAUCAAACAGACUGUACUGUACGUUAAAUGGAUGCAAGUCGCUGGUUUUAUUCAGAACAGGGUCGUCUGUGCUCGGGGGGUUGAUGUCAGAUGUUUCUGUUUAUGAUUUCACUCUUGUUUUCAUACAUGAAAACAUUAUUUUUGCACAGUGUCUUUUUUUGUGAAUGUUAACCUGUUAAUCCUUUAUGUGUGCGUGCGUGUGUGUGUUUUUGUGUGUGUGUGUGUGUGUGCAUGCAUGCGCACACCUUUUGUCAUGGAGCGUUUGUUUCUUCUUCUGUCUUCGUCCUCACAGGUCACAUUUCCUGUCGGGUGGGGGAAAAACGUAGUCGUUGCCUUGUCACAAGUUUGUGGCUCCAUAUAAUUUAUUAUACUUUUAUUUUGCUUUGCCAAACUCUCACCAAAUAUGACAUUCUUUCUCUCUGAGUUUCAUCAUGUAUUAUUCUAAAGAAAAAUGCCUUAUUUAGCGACUGUGUUUUUGUAUCGAUGUUCUGUUACAUCUCCAUGUUAUCGUGCUCGUGUUCAGUUUGUCCGUUGCUUGUACGCGCCUCAGUGAUGUGCAUUAUCUUCAAAAGCGGAUGCGACGGUACCGCAGUCCAAAUCAACUGCGUUAAUUCCCAAACGUCAAUCAGAAAAGAUCCUCAAAGCACAAAUGGGAGAGUGACAAAAAGUGACUGUUUUCUUACCAGUGCCUCUAAAACCACUCCAGUUUCUCUUUCUGUGGGCUUCACUUUGCACUGUGUUGACAUCACGUCUCUGCAGUAAUGCUGCAACUUUCAUGAUUUAUCUGCCAGUUAAUUGGAUGACAGAAGCAAUUUACCACUUUGAGCAAACUGCUUCUUUCAUGCAAACCAGCAGUCCAAAACUCGAAGAUUCUUUGUUUAUUGUCAUAAAUGACCAAGAAAGGCGGCGAAUUGUGACAAUUAAGAAGCUGGAGCCAGCAAAUGACUGAAACGAUUGAUUAAUGGGCUAAUCGUUGCAGCUCUUCUCUAACAUGUGGAAAUGUAACUCUCACCAUUCGCAGAUGACACCAUGCUGUUCAUUAAAGGGACAUUUUGCAGUAUUUCCAUCAUGACUAUUUGUCGAUGUAACAUUUUACUCACCAACUCAUUUUUGUGGAGAAUUCCAGCAAGAUGUCAGUGAGCGCAGAACCUCCUACAGCUUUUCUAAAAACUGAAAACUUGCUCUGCUGUAAAUUCAUGUAAACGAUGUAUGGAGCUGCAUGGCACUUCUGGGUCAAGCUCCAAAACAGGAUGUGAUGUCAUAUGUUUUUAUUAUUCACGGCUGAUACCGAUUAUUAGUAAAGAAGGUUAUCUGAAGUGGAUCAACCACAGCGAGUACAUAGCUGAUUAGUGGGAAGAGUGAAAGAAUGUGAAGCUCGGUAAUGAAUCGGAAUUUGGCUCUCACAUUUGCAGCACCAGUAGGAUUCGGUUCUGUUGGGUGCGGAUUUUAGGGCCGUGCAGAACUUACAGCAAACAGGACAGGAUGGUUGAUGGUUCUGUUGUGUUGGAUUUGGAAAGCUGUAGGAGGUUCGUGCUGUGUUUCGUGAGUGUUUCUCCACAGUGAAGCCGUUGAGUAAAAUGUUACGACAACAAGACGGAGUUUGUGAUACACCAGAAUUUCCCUUUAAGCACGGCUGUUAAAUCCCAUCCCGUUCCGCUCACUGAGGCCUUCUGUUUGGUAUCUUCUCGGAUGAUAAUGCGUGAUGGUUCUUAUGUGUUUGAUCAGAUCCCUGAAACUAAAAACAUGUCAUGAGUGAAUCAGACGUGGGGUCUAAUUGUUCUGCACUGCAGCUAAAUUAUCUGAAAGUUUUCAAAGGAAAAAGAAACACAGCCCAUGUGUGCUCAUCAUUUCCUGUUACUGACUCAUUCUCGUGUGAAAGAAACUUGAAACAAACCCGUAGGUGCAGUGUGUGACGACAGGUGGAGGUGGGUGGAGGCGAUGGUUCUGUAUUGUCUGUUCGUGUCACAUCAUGCCUUCUUUAACAGUGUUCUCUCUUUUCAGUGAAGUCCUUCGAACUGUUCUUCAGAACGGUCACCUCAAUGUUGUAAACGUUAUCUCUCAUCAUAAAUAAUGUAUUUAUUGUAUAGUUCUUAUCUUUACAUCGUUGUCUCAUGACUGAUUAUUGGCUGGUUUUGUUACUCUUGAACGGCUCCUGAGAAAAGAAAAAGAAAAAGCAUUUUGGUUCACAUGGAAGUUCAACUGUCUUUGGCUUUUCUUCGUAGCCCUCGUCACCUGCUAAACCUGCUUAUGUUUAUUUUUUUCUCCGAUGUAAUGACAUGCUAAAGAGUCCUCAGAAUAAGGGCUCUGUGUGCCAUACAGCUAUGAAUUCUAAAGUGUUGAAUUUUCUGGGUGAAUUUUAGGACUGAAAACCAGCAGUUUCUGGUCAGAAGCUGGAUUUUGUGGCCUGAUUUAUUUUAUUCCUUUUCAAACGUUCUAGAAGGUGAUAACGCCUGAGAAAUGUUUGUCACCGUCUCGUACACAGUCAGCAGGUAACCAAACCAUCACAUACACGCUGGUUCUGCUGUUUGACCCGCACAUGAGGGACCUGGUUUUGACCUCCUGCGUCACCACCAUCACUCUGUUCUUGAUUACAUUCGGGGCUGCUGGGUUUCGUCUGGCCUUCGUUAAGUCAAAGAGUCCACGUUCAGGUCGCCCAGUUGGGAAAUAUCUGCCCUGCUGAAGUGUCCUUAAGCAAGACACUGACUCCCUGCCAGCUGAUUUGGAGCUGACCUUUGACCUCCCUGUGGAAGGAGGCCACUUCCGCUUUGUAAUGGGAUAAAGCUGAAGUCUAAACAUGAAGAAAGGAAAAAAAGGGGAAUGCAGAGCCAAAUCCAAACACACGUACAAAAGUUCAGAGGAUAACACGUUAAAUGUGUCAAAUCUCACGCUGGUCCAUUUAAGAAAAUGAUCAAAACCUGAAAGAGAAGAUCUUUUGUAAAAGGUUUCUGUCCGGCUGGUUUCACAGACACUGGAAUAUUUUCUUGGCAGAGGAGAUGAAUACAUAAAGAAUUACGGCUCCUGGAUUCAUUCACCCCCUCCACGUAGCAUUAAGAUAUUCUGAGGCUUAAGGCUUCCUUUGGGUUCUUGACCUUCUCUUGCUCUUUGCUUAUUGUACCCAUUUGUGUUCGAGAGGCACAUUGAAGGGAAACAGCAGCACCAUCAUGCAAAUUAAAAUAAUUAGUUUUAUUUUUUGUUGUUUUUUUUUUGUUUUGUUUUUUAAAAAGUACACGUCUGCAACUGUGAGCAAGCAGGAAUAUCCUUCCUCCUCCUCCUUCAUGUCUGUGAAACCACCCAGCUCGGUGUUAGAGGACAGGUCAAAUACCUGACUGGUCACGGCUCCUGCACUAAAAUCCCUGAACUGAGUGCAAAGUAAUCCACGAGGACGUCCUUCCAAAAAAAGUGGAGAAAAAUCCAAUAACUGGCUGCUCCUUAAGCCAGAAACCUGGUCAUCACUAAGUAAGUUCUCUGGUGGGGGUUUUUAAUCUUUCUUUUCCUUUCUGUUUGUUUCUUAUUUGUACCUAUAGCUCUCUGUAUUCCCAUGUGGACCAAUCUCAUGAGUCAGAACAUGGUAUGUGUGAUCUUUUAUUGUGCAAUAAAAGAUGACUUUCAACUUUC